GCUAGGAACUAUCGACGUGGAGAAACUGGUUUGGACGAGCAAGCGCAGGCGCACGCAAAGAAUUCCCGUUCGCACAGCACGCAAAGUCAAAGGAACAGCACGAGAAUGCCGGCGCGCAAUUCCGUCAGUGGUGGAAAGAAUACGACCCAAGAACGAGAGGAAUGCCUCGAACUGCACCCAACGCCAAGCGACGAGAUGGCAGUCGAGGGGGUACCGACUCCUCCGUCAUCUCCCCCCGCAUCCCACCACCGAAAAAGCAACCGCCAGAGGACAAGCACGACAAAGUUCGACCCAAGCCACGAGCGAAAGCCCCGGCAGCAGAAGUGGCGACCAGCGCUACUCCGCACGCCAGUACAAAAGCUGAGAAGAGCAAAAGAGAGGAGCCAACUCCCGGCGAUGCGCCUAGACCCAAACGCAAGAAACUUCACGGGGUACAACGAGCAGAUGAAGCACCGGACAAGGUACAACCAAGUGAGAAGACCGGAACCAAACGAGGAAGGGAUGCUGCUACCAAACGUCGUCACAGCGACGGGAUUCCACGGACAGCAGUACAUCGACGUAUACGACGCAGCCAGGAGCUUCGCACACACGCCUUCCGAUCAAAUUCAGACCUGUAUCGCUAUCAACAGCAACACGGAAAUCACGACCCUCCACGACCUGUACACGGCCACCAGCUGGAAGGAACGAGCCCUUCGCAUCAACAACCACAGAGAAGUGAUGUCGAGCCACAAGGCAUUGUCGGAAGAGCUUACGGAGCUGCGGCGAUUGCACACUUCAGUCUCUUCAGACCUGCACCGGAUGCACAGGGACAUCACAGCGCUAUCGCAGUUAGAGGCGUUCCGAGCGCGCUGAGCGCGCUACCGUGAGUCAGUCAUGGAUAUGACUAUACCAGGCGGCCCGCAAGAAGGCGUGGUCCGGCUGAUGAAAGCAUCACAAACGCUAGAAGGCGGCCGCACUGUGUACAAAACCCAGCCUGCUGCUAUUGACCCUGUUGCCGACCCCAUCAAUUACGACCCCAAUUGGCCUGAAGUUGGCAAACUCAACAAA